AUGGUUUGUGGUACUCGACUGAACAAAAAUGCCCGGCUUAGAUCUCCCAGGCUUAAUGAGACCAUUGAAAAGGAAAUUGCUUCAAAAUGGUCAAUGUUAGCUGGUGAAGCACAUGACAAACGAGAAUUAGAUGGUGGCAUCAGAAGAGCCAGCGUCCUUGUGCUCGAUAGAGUGUUCUCUGGAGAUUGGCAGGAUCGGGGUGUUCUUGGAUCUGAGUUUCUUCCAGGCCAGGAAAACGGCUCCCAGAAUGAGGAACACUCCGAUGGUGACACCAGCACCGAUUCCUCCUGCUCCCGCGUUGGUGAGCUUGUUGAGAUGGUAGUCGCCGUUGGCGAGUUUCUUGAGGUUGAUUCCCUUGUCCUCGGCCUUGGAGGCCUCCUCGUACGUGGACGAGAAUUGGGUGCACUGGUCAGAGGUGGACGAACACUUGCCGCACCAUUCUUUCAAAGAAGUGAUGGCAACGGCUUCAGUCUUGGAGACGAAGUCGUCCCAAGAAAGAACGGUGGAGUUGCCUCCAAACAAUGGGUAAGCAACAAGCUCGUCAUUCUCCUUGGUUCCGUUCUUGAACGAAAAUUGGACGUAGGCAAAGAUUUGGUACAUGGUGUUGUACGAGCCGGUGAAGUAGUUGAUGUAAGGCGAACCUUCGACCUUGGUGGUAUUAAGGUAUUCCACAGAGGCUCCCAACAGAGACUGGCCACCGAUGGUGAAGUUGUUGAGCUUGUUGGUAGAGUCGUACGAGAUACCCCAUUGAGCAGCGUCGGCCAAGGUUGCAACCUGGAACAACAACGAAGAGUUCCAUUUGGAGGCCCAUUCCUCGUCGUGGAUGUUGUUGACGAACAUGAAGUCGUUGAUGGACAUGGCAUUACCAAAGUUGAGCUUCCAUUUAGGGAAUUUCUUGGAUGGGAGCAGGUCUGCCAAGCUUUGGUAGAAGUCGUAAGUAGACGAGUUCAUUUCCUUGAAGUAGUCGCUAUCAGACCAAGCGUCAAUAGCGUCGUCAGAGGCCGGACAGUUAACAUCACCUUUGAUCCAGAAGUAGUUGUCGGAGGUUUCCUGCUGCACGUCCAUAAAGACGUACUGGUAUCCACCCAGAGGAGCCACGACAGACGAUCCGUUGCUCAGUUCCGAGUCCUGGGUCUCAAUCAAAGUCUCAUUGGAGUCCACGGCGGUGGAUGGUGGGUACAGACCUUGCAAGAAAGACAUCUGAGAGUACUCGAUGACGGUAUCUCCCGAACAUUGGGCAUAGGUAUCACCAUAGACAAAGUAACCUUGAGGGUCAAGACCGUUGAUGACGAAGUCUGA